GCUGUCCUGUCUACGAAGCAGCUGUUUUCGCGGUGCUGCUCAGACUCGUAGCGCGUCUGCUGAAGCCAGAGCACCGACAACCUCACAGAUUCAUAACCUGCCGGAAACAUGCGUGAGUGCAUCUCAAUCCAUGUUGGUCAAGCUGGUGUGCAAAUUGGCAAUGCAUGUUGGGAACUCUACUGUUUGGAGCAUGGCAUUCAGCCUAAUGGCACAAUGCCAAGUGACAAAACAAUCGGUGGUGGAGAUGACUCAUUCAACACCUUCUUCAGUGAAACUGGCGCAGGAAAGCACGUCCCUCGUGCUGUAUUUGUGGAUUUGGAACCAUCAGUGAUAGAUGAAGUGAGGAAUGGGACAUAUAAACAACUCUUUCACCCCGAACAGCUGAUUUCCGGCAAGGAAGAUGCUGCUAAUAAUUAUGCAAGAGGUCACUACACUGUGGGCAAAGAAAUAAUUGAUCUAGUAUUGGAGCGUGUCAGGAAAUUGGCUGACCAGUGCACUGGCUUGCAAGGAUUCCUGAUCUUCCACAGUUUUGGAGGAGGCACUGGUUCCGGUUUCACUUCUCUGCUGAUGGAACGCCUCUCAGUCGACUAUGGAAAGAAAUCAAAAUUAGAAUUUGCCAUAUACCCAGCUCCCCAAGUUUCAACUGCUGUUGUUGAGCCAUAUAACUCUAUCCUGACUACCCACACCACCCUUGAACAUUCUGACUGUGCCUUCAUGGUUGAUAAUGAAGCCAUCUAUGACAUUUGUCGUAGGAACCUGGAUAUUGAACGCCCUACCUACACCAACCUCAACCGUCUCAUUGGUCAGAUUGUUUCCUCAAUCACUGCCUCUCUCAGAUUUGAUGGUGCCUUAAAUGUGGAUCUAACAGAGUUCCAGACAAACCUGGUGCCUUACCCCAGAAUUCACUUUCCCCUUGUAACAUAUUCCCCCAUUAUUUCGGCAGAGAAGGCCUACCAUGAGCAGCUCUCUGUCUCUGAGAUUACCAAUGCUUGCUUUGAGCCAUCUAAUCAAAUGGUAAAAUGUGAUCCUCGUCAUGGCAAAUACAUGGCUUGUUGUAUGUUGUAUCGUGGAGAUGUUGUCCCCAAGGAUGUCAACGCUGCUAUUGCUGCUAUCAAAACAAAGCGUACCAUUCAAUUUGUUGACUGGUGCCCUACUGGUUUUAAGGUAGGUAUUAAUUACCAGCCCCCAACAGUAGUUCCUGGGGGUGACUUGGCCAAAGUCCAACGUGCUGUCUGUAUGCUUAGCAAUACCACAGCCAUUGCAGAGGCCUGGGCCCGUCUGGACCACAAAUUUGACUUAAUGUAUGCCAAGCGUGCGUUUGUCCAUUGGUAUGUAGGAGAAGGAAUGGAGGAAGGAGAAUUUUCUGAGGCCCGCGAGGAUCUGGCUGCACUUGAGAAGGAUUAUGAAGAAGUGGGCACAGACUCCUUGGAUGGUGAAGAUGAAGGCGAGGAGUAUUAAACUUCACACAAGUCUGUUGUAUGGCUGUUACCAUUUGCUACUGUAUCUGUAGUAAAAAGUAAAUGGGGAACACAUCACAAAUGUAAACUGUACACCUAGCAUUCCAUGCCAAAGUGCUUGGAAUGAAAUCAUUUAUAACCAAGAUAAUUUACCAGUCGAUUUCGAUGAUGCAGGCACUAAAGCAUUCAGCUGAAUACAAACAAAUAAAGUCACCUUGCGUAUUAA